AUGGCAGCCUACCAGGAUGAAAGCGACUUCCCUAUCGAGCAGCAUUUGAGCACCACCAAGGAUGCCGACAACACCACCGAAAAGGAACAAGCCCAGCUCGCCGGCCUAGCAGAUCAGCAAAGAGCGCGACCUCGGAAAGAGGGCCUAGCUCAAGAGGCUGCCGGAACAUUUUGGGCAUUCCAAGGUUCCGUGAAGAUUUUGGCGCCCCAUUCAAUGGCGAUUCUGCCAUCCCGGCCAACUGGCAGUCUGCUUUCACCGGGGCCCCGAUCGCAUCGUGAGGUGAUGCUCGCCUUGGUCAUGACCUAUGCGGCGGUAACGCUCGAGCUCGUGUCAACGACAGAUGCCACGUUCUUUGGUGGGAAAUUCCUCAACGGCUUCGCCAUUGGUUUCUUGCAAUCGGUCACUGUGACUUAUAUCGGCGAUGUAAGCAGACAGACACCCAUGUCCCUGAAGCAGCAUAUCUAUCUUGAUUGCAACUUGCUCCUACCUGUACAUGGUUCCUCAUCAAUCGCGUGGGCCGCCGCGGCCUCACCUUCUGGGGGCCUGUUUGUUUUGACGGUUGUUCUUUUCGUCAUGGCUGCGCUCGCCGUGGCAGGGAGCCCAGGGGCCAUCAAAGGGACCGUGGGCCUGACCCUGGUCUAUUGCUGUUGGUACAACGUCACCAUUGGUGCGACUGCCUACACGAUCCUAUGCGAAGUUUCCACCGCCAGAUUGCGCGUAAAAACAAUCGCGAUCGGGUCGUCGGCCCAAGCGCUACUCAACAUGAUGUGGAGCUUCGUGCUUCCUUACCUCUUCAACCCGGACACGACCAACCUCGGCACCAAGAUCAUUAGCCUUUAUCUUUGGCGGGCUAUAGCCGUGCUGUCACUGGUCUAUGCCUGGUUAUGCUUUCCCAAGACGGCCGCGUGGACACGCGAGAAGCUGGACGAGAUGUUCAUCAAGGGCGUGCCGGCCAGAAAGUUCAAAACUUACAAACCUGACGCUGAGGUACGUUGUGAGGAAGCACAGGCUAGGUUGCAGUGA